AGUCCAGCUCAGCCUUGUCAUCGGUGGGUCAAAUCCAGCCCAUGUACUUUACCAUGUCCUCUUCCAGGUCUCGCCGAACUCAAGGCACACUCAAUCCAUUCCUCCAUGGGGAUCUCCAUCGCCGUCCCCUUCCUUCUCCUCCUCCUCCUCCUGAUUCCGCCCGCCGCCGCGCACUUCUCCUUCACCUAUAACUUCACUGCCGCCGCGGACUCGGCGCCGUCGGGCAUCUCCUUCCAGGGCGACGCCUUCUUCAACAAGUUCAUCCGCCUCACCCGCGACGAGCGCGUCGGGCCCAUCACCAGCAGUGUCGGCCGGGCCUUCUUCUCCCGCCCCGUCCCGCUCUCCGACCCCGUCUCCCGCCGCCCCGCGUCCUUCGCCACCGCCUUCUCCUUCUCCAUCGCCGCCCCCGAACCCUCCGCCGCAUCCGGCGACGGCCUCGCGUUCUUCCUCUCCCCGUUCCCCUCCGCCCUUCCCAGCAGCUCCGCUGGCGGCCUCCUCGGCCUCUUCAACUCCUCCGCCGGCGGUGGGGGUCGCCACCUCGUCGCCGUCGAGUUCGACACCUACAAGAACGAGUGGGACCCCAGCGACGACCACGUCGGGAUCGACAUCGGCGGGAUCGUCUCCGCCGCAACCGCCAACUGGCCCACCAGCAUGAAGGACGGGCGCAUGGCGCACGCGCGCGUCGCGUACGACGGCGACGCCAAGAACCUCACCGUGGCGCUCUCCUACGGCGACGCGUCCCCCACGGACGUCCUUUUAUGGUACGCCGUCGAUUUGAGGGAGCACCUGCCGGACGCCGUGGCAGUCGGAUUCUCCGCGGCCACGGGCGAGGCCGCCGAGCUGCACCAGGUGCUGUACUGGGAGUUCACAUCCAGCGUCGACCCCAAGGAGGAGACGGUGAUGCUGUGGGCGAUAUUAGGAUCGUGCGGAUUUCUUGUCGUGCUCGUCGCUGCAGGGGUUGUUUGGUUUGUGAGGCAAUGGAGGAAGGCCGGAGAAUGCGUCCUCUAUGGCGACAUCGACGAUGCAAUGGGGUACGAGGAGCUACCUGAUGAAUUCGUCAUGGACAGCGGACCGAGACGGUUCCGGUACGCCGAAUUGGCAGCAGCAACCAACAAUUUCUCCGAGGAGAGGAAACUCGGGCAGGGCGGUUUUGGUGCGGUUUACCGGGGGUUCCUGAGGGAGCUUGGCUUGGAGGUGGCCAUCAAAAGGGUUUCCAAGGGGUCGACGCAGGGGCGCAAAGAGUAUGCGGCUGAGGUGCGCAUCAUCAGCCAGCUGCGCCACCGCCACUUAGUCCGGCUCGUCGGGUGGUGCCAUGAGCAGCGUGGUGACUUCUUGCUUGUGUAUGAGCUCAUGCCAAAUGGCAGCGUCGACCACCACCUGUACGGCAAGGGCGUGCUCCUCACUUGGCCGACGCGGUACGAAAUUGCGCUAGGCCUUGCCUCGGCGAUGCUCUACCUCCACGAGGAGUGCUUGCAGUGCAUCGUGCACCGCGAUAUCAAGCCAAGCAAUGUGAUGCUGGAUGCCACCUUCGGUGCCAAGCUUGGUGACUUUGGCCUUGCCAAGCUCGUCGAACAUGGCAGCCAGCCCUACACUACCGUCCUGGCAGGCACACUGGGCUACUUGGCGCCAGAGUGCGUGAUGACAGGCAAGGCGAGCCAGGAGUCAGAUGUGUACAGCUUCGGCGUUGUGGCACUGGAAAUUGCUUGCGGACGACGGCCAGCAGAGCUUGCCCAGGAACCAAGCAAAGCAAGGUUGGUGCCGUGGGUGUGGGAGCUGUAUGGGAAGAAAGCCCUUCUUGAAGCAGCAGACUGGAGGUUAAAGGGGGAGUUCGAUGAGAAGCAGAUGGAACAUCUAAUGGUCGUAGGACUAUGGUGUUCCCAUCCUGACUACACACAUAGACCAAGUAUCAGGCAGGCCCUAAAUGUGCUGAAAUUCGAGGCACCAUUGCCUGUGCUGGCACCAAUGAUGCCGGUGCCGACGUUCUUCCCUUUGCCUGAUUUGGCUGUUCCGAUAUCUUUCGGAGGCUCGUUGAGCACAGAUGAUCCAGGCGUUGGUGAGUGCGUAUCAGCAGGGUCUAAUGCUGGCACAGGAUCGUCAGUGAGAUAUGGACUCCUGGAGCCAUGAGCAUGAACAUAUGGGCGAUUGAUUAUAUGAGUUGAGUUUGAUCCGUAUAGCAGCAACAUCUGUUGCGUUGCUGAUUCAAAUGACAGUAUAACAAGAAAUUUUGUACUCUUGUGGCGAUUUGAGUAAUUAUAUUGUGACAGGGUAGCUUGGUUAGACGACAA